AUGUCGUCUGGCCGCUCAAAGUCGUCGAUUCUAGACAAACCGCUGAGCAAAGGCAAAGGGGAGGUGUCCUUAGCAUUUUAUGCACUUUUAUUCUCAGAAAUAGUUCAAUAUUGUCAGAACCGAUCACAUUCCAUCCACGAGCUACAGAACAAAUUAUCAGACAUAGGGCAAGAUGUAGGCACUAGACUGCUUGACUUAUAUUUUGUGAGAGAAAAAGGCAGUAAACGUGAAAUAAAACUACUAAAUAUGUUGUUAUUUGUGAAGUCUACAUUAUGGAAGGUGUUGUUUGGCAAGGAGGCAGACAAAUUGGAACAUGCCAAUGAUGAUGAGAGAACAUAUUAUAUUAUAGAGAAAGAUGCUUUGGUCAAUAAAUUCAUCAGUGUACCAAAAGACAAGGGUUCAUUGAAUUGCGCCACCUUCAAUGCAGGCAUCAUAGAAGCUGUGCUCACUAAAAGUGGAUUUCCAGCGAAAGUGACAGCGCACUGGCACAAAGGAACCACGUACAUGGUGAAGUUUGACGACGCAGUCACGACUAGAGACAAGUCACUGGAUGAUCGAUAA